AUCAUUUUCGAUUGUGUUAACGAAGAGAGUGGAUGUGCAAAUUUUGGGUUGUUGUAUUUAUAUGGCUUGUGAUUUGGGUUUACUUUUAAUUUUCGUGCGGGAUCUAUUGUUAACAAAUUUUCGUUAAUAAUGAAGUAAUUUAUUCUGCCAAUAAAAUACAAAGGACACACAUUUGAACUUUAUCUCCAAAAGAUCUGAGAAUUGUUGGUAUGAGAAUUAAGUAUAAACUGUUAAAAAAGUAGUGUGUAUGUGACGAUUUCAUGCAUGCUGACCAUCGACAUCGUAAUGUUUGGUCGCUUUCGCCAAUACUACUGCUCUUGACGUUAGCGUUGACGUUGAAGAUGGCAUCGCCGUCGACAUCGUUGAGUAAUAUACAAAUGUGCACGUUUGUUGUAGCGGGAGCGUUGCAAGAGUGGAUGUAGCAAAAAUUUGGAAAUGAUAAAAGCUAUAAACACGCAUGUGUGUAUAUUUAUAUAUAUUAUUAUGCAUACAUCAUUUUAGUACAAAUAUAUAAAUAAAAAAGUAAAAAAAAAUAUACAUGCAUAUGUACAUAUGUACAUUCAAAAAUGUAUAGUUAACUUAACCAAAUCGAUACUAUUUCGUGGGUUAAAAUAAGUGAUUGUUAACUAAGUUAUAUACAAAAUGUGAAUACGUGAAUUGUAGCGUCUUCAGAUUACUCCAAAACGUGCUCCUCAAAUUCAAAUCCGUGCAUUUAUCGAUCGAAAUCUAGCAUUGGCCUAGUACUGCUUUUGUUUGGCGUCGGACUGAUGUUCCAAAAGUUCAUAUGCCGCCGGUGCAUCUUAUAUUUCUAAUCAUACUCAGAAUCGUCCAAUGAUAUUUUUAAUGCAAAAUGUUGUUUAUUCACUCAAAACGCGUGGCCUGGAUGGACAAUUCAUAGAUAAUUAAAGAAUUCACAGUGGGUUGAAGUGCAAACUGUCAUAUGCCAGAGAAGGAAAUACGUUAAAGAAAGUGAUUGACGGUUCUGAGGCUAAUGCGUGUGGAGGCCAAAUGGCAGAGUUUUCAAGUUUUCUGUUCAAUUUAUCUGCAUCACGCUGACUUCUUCCAUUACCGCCAGUACAGUAACAGUUGAUUACUAUUAAGAACAUUCAAAGAUGCCUGGACUUGUUGUUUUCCGACGCCGUUGGUCGGUGGGCUCAGACGAUCUCGUAGUACCUGGAGCUUUUUUGUUAACUACACAUCUUAUAUGCUUUGUAAUUGUGCUAAUAUCACUAUUGAUCCUGGAUUAUGAUCUUGCAAUUUUGAACGUGAAGUUACUAUUCUAUCUUCAAAUAUGCUAUUUGGCAAUAUUACUUGGUUCAGUUUGCGUUGAGGCAGGCAUCUGCAUUAUAUCUAUGCGAGGUAGUAUAUUAGACUCUGCCGCACGAACAACGAUAAAUUUUUGGAUAUAUUUAAAAAGCAUGGUGAUAUUUUUUGAUAUUACAUGGUUAGUGUUAAGUACAAUGUGGUUAACAAACUGUUACUUUGACGCACCCAUCGAUGAGGCCAAGAAAUUUUUCAUGGCUAUAGUAGUUUGCAAUUGGGCUUUGGUGUUCAUAACUCUCAUUACUAUUUGGUGUACAUUCGAUGCUGCAGGACGUUCUUGGGUCAAAAUGAAAAAGUAUCAAAGAUCAAUGAGAGAAACUGAAUCUCGUUUCAAUUACAAGCGUAGUGGCAGUAUGAAUCGCAAUUGGCGUCAACGAAAAGUCAUGCGCGCUUAUCAAGACAGUUGGGAUCAUCGAUGCCGCUUGUUAUUCUGUUGUAUGGGUGGAACAGAUCGUAAUCGAAACUCCUUCACCGACAUAGCCCGAUUGCUGAGUGAUUUUUUUCGGGAACUUGAUGUGGUGCCCUCAGACGUUGUUGCAGGUUUGGUGCUAUUACGAAAAUUUCAGAAGCUAGAACGAGAAGCUGUUGUUCGGCAGAGAAAAAAUGGCACAUACGAAUUCUUGAGCGGCGUUCCUAUCACUGACCGCACACAGUUUCUAGCUCUGAAUGAUACAAAAAACUAUGAUUUCUUCCAAACAGUUAUACACUAUAUGUAUUUUGCUCAGGGUGCUUACGGCUGGCCAAUGUAUUUUAUAAUAAACCGAUCGAAAAUGUACAACUUAUUGCCUGAAUUAAAAUGCUUUACAUGUUGUUGCCGUCCCCAAACUGAAACACCAUCUGUUAUAGAAGAUAACUGUUGUUUUUGUAAUUAUGCCGCCCUCAAGAAAACUCUUCAAGUUGGUGAUGUAGAAAUAAUUUACGCCACGUAUCAUGUUGAUGUCGGAGAGACCCCAUUCUUUGUGGCUGUAGAUUACACGCAGAAGAAAAUUGUGGUCAGCAUACGUGGUACUUUAAGUAUGAAGGAUAUACUCACCGAUUUAAACGCCGAUGGGGAGGUAUUGCCGCUCUCUCCACCGCGCGAUGACUGGCUUGGCCACAAAGGCAUGGUGCAGGCAGCUAUUUACAUUAAAAAUAAAUUAGAGGAAGAAGGACUGAUCGAGCGUGCGCUAAGUCAUAAUCGUGAUAGGGAAACAAGUUCAUUUGGACUAGUCUUAGUAGGUCAUUCUCUGGGUGCAGGAACUGCAGCUAUUUUAGCCAUAUUAAUGAAGGCUGACUAUCCGUCAUUGCAGUGUUUCAGCUACUCACCACCAGGCGGUCUGCUAAGCAUGCCAGCGGUAGAAUAUACCAAAUCGUUUAUCACAUCCAUUGUUUUGGGGAAAGAUGUCGUACCUCGCAUUGGAUUACACCAAAUGGAAGCUUUGCGUGCGGACUUAAUUAAUGCAAUCCAGAGGAGUGUUGAUCCCAAAUGGAAAACAAUAUCAUGUUCAGUCAUUUGCUGUGGAUGUGGACCUGAGCCAACAUCAGUUGUUGAGAUGUCCGGCAAAGACACUCAUAUUAAUCAAUAUCAAGAACAAAGAGACUCAGCACGUUCCACAAGUGCACAUCCUACAGAUAGUUCCAUUGCCUUGACAUUACAUCAGCCACUAUACCCUCCUGGGCGAAUAAUUCACAUAGUACGUCAUCAUCCUAAACCAGAAGAAAGUGUUCUAAAGAGCCAUGAACCAGUCUAUCAGGCGAUUUGGGCCGAUACAUACGAUUUCGACGAAGUGCUCAUCUCACCCGUUAUGUUGCAGGAUCACAUGCCCGAUAAAGUGCUUGCGGCGCUAAAAAAGGUAAUUGCCGGCGCUACCGAUGGUAGCAAUUCAUCAUUAAUCAGUACUGAGUCUUAGACAUCACAAUUAUUUUUUUAGUUUUUCUUUUAAAGCAGCUCAAAGCUUGCCUAUGUUUGUUUAUAGCCAGACUGUUUAUUUGACCUAUUGUUAUUUACUUUCAAAAAUGUAUAUGCACUUAAGACUUUCAUUCAAUUACAAUAUAUUAAGAGCAGAAUAGUAUAUUUAUAAGUAUAUAUGUAUUGUCCAUAUAUUAUUUGACUUCUUCAUUUUGAAGCUUUAACUGAAAUUAAAGACUAAUACGAUAAUAGAAGUACGAUAAUUUUAAUUGACCAAAAUUUGUCAUUUUUACGCAAUUUGUUUUUUAAAUUAUUUAUUAAAUUAUGGAUUUUAUUAAAUUUUAUUAUUCACCUAAUUAGUUUCAUAAUAAAGUUGCACACAAAUGUGUCUUGUUUAUUUAUUUGUGCCUGUAUUGUAUUUUUCUUUCCCAUUAAACUGUAUGGCCACACAAGUUAUAUAACCAUGCGUACGUACAUAGUUACUUUCGGUAUAUUAUAGUUGGUGCUCAUCAUCGUAUUUGCAAGUUUAAAAACCACCCGACCUCACAAACUUUUCCCUAUGAUAAUUGUGGCAAUUAUUUAAACGUCUUCUUUACAAGAACAGUCUAGCUUCGACCUCUCCCCAAUAGCUUAUAAUUGUAGAAUUGACGUUUCACUGUUGGCUAUGAGACAUCAAUUAUCAGAUUUCGAUCAGUAAAAGACCAGCCUAAUACUACAUAAAAAAUAAACAGAAAAGUGCUACUUCGACUAUUGUGCAAGACCACUGUCCAAAUAUAAUUUCUCUUUAAUAUCUAUAAGAUUUGCUAACAAGUUUGCUUUUAUUCUAGUGUAUUUUCUUGUUGUUGUUGUAGCGAAAGUGUAUUUUCUUCUUUAUAGGUAUAGUAUAUAUACUCAUAAGUGCAUAUUAUUUGCUAACACAUCUGCCGGUACGACACGGUUUGUUUGGCCUUUUCUGAUAAUACUUCUUAUUUUUGUAUUUUAUAAUUUUUCACGAUUUCAGUGCUUAAGUUUUUCCAUUGUUAAUUUUUUUUUUGGUCAAAAUGUAUUCCUCAAGAAAUCAUGCGUUUAUUGUUGUAGGUUGUGACUGCAAGUGGACCAAGGAAACCGCAACGUCAGACAUCAAAUGCAUUCUCCACUUUAUCCAACGACUUUAGCCAUUAUGACUUUGAUGUCGAACGCAUAUCUCCUAUUGGCUCCAUCGACCCAAUCAGCGUUUUAAAAUCUGAGGGUAGCCUUAAGCGCCUUUCGCAUAACUCAUAUCCUAAUAUAAGUUCUAUUAAUGUAACACCAACCACACACCGUGAAAUCUGCCAUGAAACAUCUUUUGCCAACUUGCAAAUUCCAUUUGACAUAACCACGGUCGGUGGAUUAAAUUCAAGUAAAACAUCAUCGAUUGCUGGUAGCAUUUUAGGUCGAAGUCAGUUAAGCUCGGCUCUAUAUGAUAUAUCAGUUGAUGAGAGCAUAACAACAGUUACGCGUCGAAGUCCCUCCGUACCGAGCGAAACUGCUACGGUGAUUAUAAAUGAUCGUGAUCCAUUGCCCAUUCAACGCUUAAAGACUGUAGCUUUCGAUAUUGAUCCCGAUUCUGUGGCAAUAGGGAAAUACAUGCCCAUAUAUCGUCAAUACUCGGUUCGUGCCGAAAAGCGGAAGCGUAAUUUACCCAUAACAACAUUACGAAGAGCUUCGGAUGUGUCUGGACCAAUAGAUUCAUUGCACGAUGAUUCGCUAGGCUUGGCGCCUUUAGCUAGUCCUGAAACGUUAUCCGAAAUUUCCAGCAUAUCAUCCCGCACGAGUGCUCCUAUUAGUUUAGCUAAUAGUAUAGAACUUUAUUUUCAUAAUUUGAAUCUGGGCGUUGAUAAUUCGAAUGGACGGGCCGUGCUUGAAGGCAUAUUUGAAUCGCAAUUGCAUACACCAAAAAUUAUGAGACGAGCACCGAAAUUCAGUGAGAAUCUUUCUAAUUGUGCCGAGGACAGUCGCAAUGUCGAUCAAUACAAACGUAUGGGCCGAGUGUUUGUAACAUUACCGCCAAUAUUUGAUGGCGUUCAUAGCAACAAUAACAAUCAAAAGUCAAGUUUUGACUCAAGCGAUGAGAGUUACGAAUCAGUGCAAAGUCUCAGUCGACUUGCAUCCAACCAUGACCCCAUUACUGGACAUGACUCAAUUGGAAGUACUAUGCUCCAACCAAAACAGAGUUCAAAAUCAUUAGAUCCGUUAGAUAGUGUUGCAGUAGAACAAAAACCAACUGAUCGUACUACAAAAAAGUUAACCUCUAGUGAUAGUGAAAUUUUGAAUGAAGCUGAGGUGGCCGAAAUUAAAGAUAAUUUUUCCCUGCUCUUUGAACACAACCGAUCUUUAAUAGGUGUUUUGGAUGAGCAUACAAGCUAUGGAUCGGCGGAUACGACAUUUUAUAGUGCCAAUUCUUCUAUCGAACAAUUUUCAACACCUGGUAAAUUGAUGUACUGUAGUAAUUCUGGCGGUAAUGGUAUCUUAGCGUGCCAAAGUGUCCCUGAAGAAGCAUUCAUCAUAAGGCCGGGUGUUCUCGAGUCACAUUUUCCUGUACUCGAUUCUGUUUCAGACCUGGCUGACCGCAACUCUGCCGAAACUAUUGACGACUUUGAUAUUCCUACGUGUUCCACAAGUACUAAUGUUCCUACAAAACAAAUAAAGCGUGAAACGAUUGGUGGUCGCAUACGAAAACGACUGUCUUCUGAGGAUUUUAUAUUUACACGCACUGAGGAUUUUCCACUGGUUUCACAAUUGGGAGAGAAAUCGAACAAACGUAAAGCAGCGGUCUACCCUGCGGGCUCUAAUUACAGUGUUUUGAGAACGAAGCCACCAAUUUGUUCUAAUAAUCAGAUCAAAAAUUCGACAACAGCAACAUCCACUGUAACGAAAUCUUCAUCAAAUUUACAGUUACAAGGGAAAACCAACUAUCUGAAUUCUCAAUACUCUUCGAAUUCCCCUAGUGAAAAUCCUAAUAUAAUGCUUCCAAUAACCUAUAGUGAAGAAAGUAGUGUCUGAAGUCUGUAACAAAUACCAAAGUUAUUAGCAUAGUAUUAAGUUUACAUACAUAUGUAGAGUAUUUAUUGAGUUCACUUGCACGUGUUAUAUAGUUUACAUGCCAACAUCUUGUACAAAAGACUUUAAAGGAAAUGUGUAUUUUCCACCUGCAGCUAAGAAUUUGUCCAAUAUCGGCGAAUUCAAGGAUCAUCAACAUUUGUGCAUUGUAAGGAACGAAGUGCAAUAUAAACCAUCUAUACAACUGUGAUCACAAUUAAUAUAAAUUGUUUUAUUGUAAAAUUCGAUGUGUUGUAGUAUUUGCAGUUAGAACCUUCGAUUGAUGAAUAAAAUAUCCGCAAGAAGUGGGCUAAAGACAUUUUGAUAUUGAGAAAAAAUA